AUGAAGGAGCUCAAGUCGAUCCUCGUCGGCACCUUCAACACGCCCGAGCUCUUCCACCUCGUCUUUGACCCGCACACCGAGUCGCUCGCCGUGUCUGCCGUCUUUCCCGCACACGGCAACCACUCCUGGCUCGCGCUUGGCCCGCCCAGGGACGGCGGCCAUCGGAACCUGUAUGCGACGGCGUGGACCGACCCGACGAGUGUGGCCGCCUACCGCGUGGUGGAUCAGGGGUUAACACAGGGGCAGGGGCAGGGGCAGGGGCAGGGCGGGCUCGAGCUCACGCUGCAGAACACGGCCCCGACGCGCGCACGGAGCGGGUACGUGGCCGUCGGAAAGCAGCCCGCCGACGUCCUCUACACCGUCGGUGGGCCAACGGGCGAGGUGCUGCGUCUCAACGAGACCGACGGCCGCUUCCGAGAGGGGGGCGAUGCCACGCUCCAGUACCUUGACUUUAUCCACGGCCACGUCCAGCGGGCCGGCGGGGCGGGCCAGACAAACGGCCACGCAGGCACGAACGGCACCAAUGGCCUCGAGAACGGCAAGACGAUGGACUUUGGCGGCCUCCGCAACGGCUCCCACUCCAUCGACCUCUCGCCCGACGGGACACUGGCCUACGUCGCCGACAUUGGCCGCAACGCCUUCUUUGUCUACGAGGUCGAUGGCCACGACGGCGCACUUCGGCUCGCCGAGAAAAAGGCCUCGCCGCGCAGCGACGACGGCCCGCGCCACGUCUGGCCCCACCACGGCGGCCGCGUCGUCUAUGUGCUGCAGGAGCACAGCUGCGCCGUCGACGUCUUUGAGGUCGUCGCUGGGCCAGCGAAAGCAGCAGUAAACGGGACAGGGGCAGCAGCAGCAGCAGCAGCAGCAGCAGCAAACGGGAAAGCAGAGGAGAGCGGCGCGGUGCAUCUGGAGCUGCGGCAGAGCGUGCGCAUCAUUCCCGACGAGCUCGACCAGAAGCUCUUCUGGGCCGACGAGGUGCGCACCUCGGCCCCGCAGGACGCCCGCUUCCUCCUCGCCUCGACCCGCGGCCUCGAGCCGGGCACGCUCGGCUAUGUCGCCCUCUUUGAGCUCGACGAGCAGGGCUACAUCCGCAAUGUCCCGCUGACGACCUCCAAGUCCACGUCGGGCGCAGGGUCAUCAUCAGCAGUGCCGCACCGGUCAAAGUGGAGCGACAUCCUCCAGACGCCCACCUCGGGCGGCUGGGCAAACGCCGUGGAGCCGUGCUACGAGCUGCUGGGCACAAACGGCCGCAGCGACGUGUAUGCGGCCCUGACGGACAGCGAGAAGGGCCUCGUCAUGAUGCUCAAGGUCGAGCGCGCGAGCGCAGGAGCAGCAGCGGGUAAAGCCUCGCUCAGGGAGGUCGCGCGCGUCAAGCUGGGCAUGUACAAGGACCAGGUCAGAGGCGCGGCGACGGCAUCCAGCGUGAGCGAACAAGCGAAAGGACUGGUGCGAUCGGCCAUCGCCGCCUUGGAAGAUCGCCCGUUUGGGAUGGGGACAGAGCUUGCGGGUGAAGCGGACGCCCAGCACGUGGCUCUCGGCAGAAGAGGGGAUGGGCCUGCCGAUGGACGAGGCCGAGUCGGCCUUGCUGGGCGAUGCUGCGUCGUCGGACGAGGACCCCUUGGGUUUCUGGACCUUGUUGUAGGCUGCUGCGACGAGGUCGUCGGGUGCGAUGCCCCGCUCGGCCCAGGCGACCAUGGCGAGAAUCAUGUCGUGCUUGGUGUCGAAGCGCAGGGGGCGGUUGCCCGGGUCCUUUUGCGUGACGCCACCAAAGUGCCAUGCGCCGGGCCCGUCGCGGCAGUGGUGCAUGCCGGGCACUUCGUAGAAGCGGACACCGUUCUGGACAGCAGCGCUGCCCGUGUCCCGCUGGACGGCACGGUAGUAGUCGACCGUCGUCGCCGCACUGAUGACGGGGUCGGCGAGACCAUGGUAGACGAGGAGCUUAGCGCCGUUGUUGAGAAAGGGCUUGAGAUCCGUCUUGGCGCUGUUGACGUUGGCGUGGUCCUCCUGUCUGCCGCGCACGACGUCGGCCCAUGUGUAGUCUUUGAACGGGUUGAGGGACCGAUUGAGCGACGCGCGCCCCUGCACGCCGAGCUGCAGCCACUGGUCGGCCUUCUUCUGUGCACCCGUACGAACUUGCCAUCGAUUGUCGUGGGCGAGUAG